UGAUAAAUAACCUGCGCUAUUUCAUGUUUUUCAGUUACUCAGCACGUCCGUAACUGUGGUCCGCAGAUGUUUCUCAUCAGCCGUAAAGGUGGCACUCUGCUGACCAUCAAUAACUUUGUCUACCGUUCUAAUCUCAAGUUCUUCGGCAAGAGCAAUAACAUCCUGUAUUGGGAGUGUGUCCAAAACCGAUCAGUCAAGUGCCGCAGCCGCUUGAAGACCAUCGGAGAUGAUCUCUAUGUAACCAAUGAUGUGCACAACCACAUGGGCGACAACAAGCGCAUUGAGGCGGCCAAGGCGGCUGGAAUGCUGAUACACAAAAAGCUUAGUUCUCUCACAGCCGCCGAUAAAAUCCAGGGCUCCUGGAAAAUAGAUACCGAGGUCAAUCUUGAUCAGCUGCCUAAGAUGUAAUAGCUUAUCUAACAUUCCCACCCUACAGUCAGAGUUCUAUUAAGGCUUAGCUAAUGUAUUCUACUAUUAUUUUUGCAAAGUAUAUUUCUGAUUUAGACUGAGAAUCCCGAGCCUAGUUAGGAUGGGUAAGUAGCCUGUUCAUCUGGGAUCUCAAAAUAUCAUUUUUGUAAUUCGCAAAGUCCCCGGGGUCAUAAUAUUUAUUCUGUUCUCAAUCGCUUAGACGCUUUUGGCCGCGGCACUGACUUGAGCAAUGGCUUGUGUUAGGUACAAACUAUGAACUUUUAAUAAAAUCAGAUGAACAUCUAAA